AUGGUUGCCACCGAAGGUCACGUCGGCGUCUACGAUGCAGCGCUGAACCACCGCAAGGCCACCAUGGGCGCGAGUGGCCCUGCCGCGCUGGUCAAAAAUAGCAAGGUCUUUAUGAUUGCGCUCUUUGCCUGUCUCGGAGGUUUCCUCUAUGGCUACAACCAGGGUGUCUUCUCCGGCAUCCUGACUAUGCCCUCCUUUGAGAGGUAUAUGGGAUCAUACGUAACGAACCAGUCGAAGAAGGGGUGGCUCACUGCCAUUCUGGAGCUCGGAGCCUGGUUUGGUGCCCUCGUUUCGGGUUUCCUGGCCGAGGCCCUGAGUCGAAAGUACGCUAUCAUGGUUGCCACGGUGGUCUUCAUCAUCGGAGUUGUGAUCCAGGCUACUGCCCAGGAGACGGGGCCGGAAGGUAUCCUCGCAGGCCGUAGCGGUAUGGGAGUUGGUUCGCUCUCCAUGAUUGUGCCCAUGUACAACGCAGAGGUUGCACCGCCCGAAGUCCGUGGUUCCCUCGUCGGACUGCAGCAGCUCGCGAUCACCUUCGGCAUCAUGUUGUCCUUCUGGAUCAACUACGGCACGCACUACAUCGGCGGGACCGGAGACGGCCAGAAAGUCUCGGCAUGGCUCAUCCCUAUCUGCUUGCAGCUCAUCCCAGCCGUCAUCCUCCUCGUCGGCAUUCUGUGGAUGCCUUUCUCGCCGCGCUGGCUGGUGCACCACGGCCGCGAAGAGGAGGCGCGCCGGGUCCUCGCCAACAUCCGCGAGCUCCCCAUCGACCACGAACUGAUCGAGCUCGAGUACCUGGAGAUCAAGGGCCAGUCCCUCUUUGAGAAGCGCACCGUGGCCGAGCGCUGGCCCGAUCUGCGCGAGCUCACGGCCUGGAACACCUUCAAGCUCCAGUUCAUCGCCAUCGGCUCCCUCUUUGAGACCAAGCCCAUGUUCAAGCGCGUCGUCGUCGCAACCGUGACCAUGUUCUUCCAGCAGUGGACCGGCAUCAACGCCAUCCUGUACUACGCGCCCACCAUCUUCCAAAACCUCGGCCUGUCGGGCAACACCGUCUCGCUCCUGGCGACGGGCGUCGUCGGCGUCGUGAUGUUCCUCGCUACCAUCCCGUCCGUCCUCUACAUCGACCGCCUGGGCCGCAAGCCCGUCCUGAUCGUGGGAGCCAUCGGCAUGGCCAUCUGCCACGUGAUCAUCGCCUCCAUCGUGGCCGCCUUCCGGGACUCGUGGGACGAGAACAAGGUCGCCGGCUGGGCGGCCGUGUCCAUGGUCUGGCUCUUCGUCGUGCAUUUCGGAUACAGCUGGGGUCCCUGCUCGUGGAUCAUCGUCUCGGAGAUCUGGCCGCUGUCGACCCGGACCUACGGUAUCGCGCUCGGAACCUCCUCCAAUUGGAUGAACAACUUCAUCGUCGGCCAGGUCACCCCGGACCUCAUCGACGACGUCUCCUACGGCACCUACCUCCUCUUCGGCGGCCUGACCUUCCUCGGCGCCGCCUUCAUCUUCUUCUUCGUGCCCGAGACGAAGCGCGUCAGCCUCGAGGAGAUGGACGUCAUCUUCGGCAGCCCCGGCGCCGCCCAGGCCGACAAGGAGCGCAUGGAUGAGAUCAACGCCGAGAUUGGCCUGACGGCUAUGCUGCGGGACCUCGGCGCCGUCGUCGUCGAGGAGAGCCGGCACCCGGAGACGUCUGAGCUGAAGAGGGAGAAGGAGGUCAUCCACCAGGAGGCCGUGGGGAAGGAGGAGCAGGUCUAG